AUGGCCUGGCAGUCUCCUUCUGCCAUGGCUGGCAGCGGAGGAGGACUCGGGGGUGCUCCAGGUGAGGGGAUGCCAAAUCAUCCUCACCCACAAGGGACGGAGUACACAUUACAAGGGGUCAUGCGCUUCCUUCAAACCGAAUGGCAUCGUCACGAGCGAGAUCGCAACGCUUGGGAGAUUGAGCGUGCAGAGAUGAAGUCUCGGAUUGGACGAUUGGAGGGCGAUUUACGAACAAGUAAACGAUUACAUGAGUCUUUGGGGAAACAUGUCAAAAUGUUGGAGAUUGCCUUGAAAAAAGAGCGGGAAACGGUCCGCAGUCUACGCAAUGGAGAGAAGCUCGAGGAGAUUCGCGACCCAAAGGAAGUCGCCAGAGAAAGUCUGAAGCAUAUUUCGCAGACUAACAAAACUCAAACGGCUUUCCUAGUCCCAGAACUGGAGAACGAUCCAGCUCAUGCCGACUUUCGACAGGAUGCGGAACGCGAAAAGUCCCGUGUAUAUCUAAGCAAAUGUGCCCAAGAGGUCUCAUAUCAUGUUAUUCCCGCCUCGCAUCCGCCGCCAGAGUUCACAAGCCAGGAUUUGCAGGGCAAUCUAUACGGAGAACAACAGUUACCACAGCAAAGCCUUGAGGAGGCAUACCACCAACAGAGACAGAAACAACAACAACAGCAGCAGCAGCAGAACAAUAUUAUGGUUCGUGAAUCCGCGAUGCAGAACCACCAGUCUAUGCCAGCGAAUUAUGCAGAAAACCCUCGAUCAGCCAUUUCAAUAGCUCAUGCUGAGCGUCGAAACCUUGCCUCCCAGACCCAAACAAAUGCCGUUGAAAAUUUUCCUUCUGACGAUUUGAGUAACAAAGGCAACUCAGAUGAGUCUAGUCUAGCCCGCUCUUCCCAAGCUUCCCAGCAACAAAAGCCCCAGGAUGCCCCAUCAGAGACUGGUGGCUGGAACUUUGAAGAGGCCGCUCCGACACCUGACGUGCAAGUCGAUUCAAUACCGCAUCAUCGACCAGACACAGAUGCGUUUCCUAAGGCCAACUUUGUGCCAGCCAAAUCACCCCCACGCGGAUCUCACCGGCGUAAGAGCUCGGGCGCGACAAGGCGAAAAAGCGAAGGUGCUAUAGACAGAGAUUCAAGUGCAUUACAACAGAACAUUGACUCUACAUUCAAAGUACGGUUUGCUCUUCGUGGCCAUCUCGACGUUGUACGAUCGGUUAUCUUUACUGGUGGCGGUAGUCCAUCAGAACCUGAGAUAUGUACUGGUAGUGACGACGGAACCAUCAAACGUUGGAUACUUCCAGCUUCGUAUGGUAGUUUCGGACCUGGUGCCGGCAACGACCUGGAUAUCACUAGCUAUUUCACACAUCGUGGCCAUGUUGGUGCCGUCACCUCGCUUGCCGCUUGUCCUGCCUCGCCGAAUUUCUCAAACGGUGGUCGUGCUGUAGGUGACGGAUGGGUCUUCUCAGGUGGACAGGAUGCCAGCAUUCGAGUCUGGGAGCGUGGCCGAGUUGAUCCAAAAGCAACUUUGGAUGGCCACACAGAUACCGUUUGGGGGUUGUGCAUCUUACCUGGUACAGCAGGGUCGGUAUUCGGAGAUGUUUGCAGCAAUUAUGGCGGCCCCGAUCGCAUUUUGCUGGCUUCUGGUGGUGCCGAUGGCCGUAUUAUCGUCUGGGCUGUGAGCGCACCGCCACAAGUCACAUCUCCUCAACCCGGCGCUCGGCGAGGUGCCGGCGGCCGUCGAGCCAAUUCAAUCUCUUCUGGAUCCAACUUCCCGUCUUCUCCACAGCCUCACACAACUACUAGUACAGUCUUCCACUAUACCAUUGUCCACAAUAUCGUCCGAACCGAAUCCCCAUCACCAACAUGUAUCAGUCCAUUGUCCCUUGCGGGAGUGAACUUUGUGGUUUCGUACAGUGAUGCAUCUAUCCUCGUCUAUGAUACCAGGACAGGCGAGGAGGUUGUCGGAAUGGCCAGUUUGGAAACAUAUGAUGGAACGCCGUCAACAGGUGUUAACUCUGUCGUGACUUCUACCAUUGGUUUUGACGGAACGGCCAGUCUUGACCCGAACCGAGCCUUGACAGAAGAAGAGGCAGUUGUUCAUGGAGCAACAGGAACGAGCGGUGGCGUGGAGGGUGUCAUUAUCAGUGGCUACGAGGACAGAUAUAUCCGAUUCUUUGAUGCAAACAGCGGACAAUGCACGUAUACCAUGCUAGCCCACCCCUCUGCCAUUUCAUCUCUGUCCUUGUCACCCGAUGGUCGCGAACUCGUCUCCGCCGGACACGAUGCAAGUCUACGGUUCUGGUCGUUGGAAAAGCGAAGCUGCACCCAAGAAAUCACCAGCCACCGAUUAAUGCGUGGAGAAGGCGUAUGCUCCGUUGUCUGGAGCCGCGAUGGCCGAUGGGUAGUCAGUGGAGGAGGUGAUGGAGUUGUCAAAGUAUUCUCUCGAUGA